ACCCAUGGCUCACCGCUCAACACUUCGGUAAAGCUAGCCCAGAGCCACCGCACUGAACCUCCUUUGGCCAUGUGUUCCCUUGGUGAGCUCGCCCUAGUUCCCCAACCAGGAACAAGUGAGGCGGCGUCGAUGGAAUGCGCAAACGGGACCAGCGCCGGCGCCGGCGUCGGCGCCGUAGGGAAUCGACUGAAGGAAAGUGAGUUCAGAGAACAAAUUGUCAAACUUGCUGGGAUUGCUUGCCAUGAAGACGAGGAAAAAUCACGGAUAGAGCUAUUGGAGAAGCUCAAAGGAUGUAACAAGCUCGGGCUAAUUGAAAUGUGUCGUUAUUUUGAUGUCCGAGGAUCAACAUCCACUAGGAAGGAUGAUAUAGUGACAAUACUGAUGGAGUUUUUGAUGGAACACGGUUCUCGUAUGGACUGCACAGACCCGGAUAAGAAGCUUAGGAAAAGAAAGCGCAACAGGGAUGGUGCGGAUCUAUCUGGUGGUGACCCUUCAAAAAAAAGGAAACCUGAUGGAACUGUACUGGAAACUCAUGGUGAAGAGGAAGCAGCUGGGAAAAAGUGUGUGAAGGAUAGAACAAACUGUUCCGAUUUUCACUUGAGGGGUAACAGAAAUGUAUGUACUGAUAACAAGACAGGACAGUUUUCGAAGGGAAAAGCCAAACCUGACCAGUUUGAAGGGGUAAAUGGCUCCAUGAUGGAGAAAUUAGCUGUGGUUCCUCUCCCAGGACUGCCAAUCCAUACACAUGAACAAAUACUAGUUACAACACCAUGUGCAAAGUUUGCUAGUGAUGUUGAGAAUAAUAGCAUGGACAUGAAGGCUUCAACAAAGAAAACUACUUCUGUUUCCAAGAAAAAGGCAACCCAUACGACAGAUCGCAACGAGAAAUUUUGUGGUAACAAUUCGUCUAGAGGAGAUGUGAAACCUCGAAAACAGGCAGUGAGACCAACUAAGGAUGAGCUGAGACAAGCAGUCUUCUGCAUCUUGGAUACUGCAAAUUUUGCCACGAUGACUUUUGGAGAAGUUGUAAAAGCAGUUGACAAAUACUUCGGCAAGGAUUUAUUCGAGAGAAAGCCACUGAUAAGGGCCUUGAUAGAGGAGGAGCUCUUUAGGCUAGCAGAGGAGGCUGAGAAGAAGGAACUGGAAGAGGAAGCAAUGGGAAUAAAAGCUAGAGCUGAGCAAGCUGCCAAGGCGAGCAGAAAAGUUGGAAGAGUGGGAUCAGAUAUAGUAAAGGAAAAUGGACUUCAAGCUGGUCAAGAUGGUAAAUCCAAGGAUGCUGAAAAGAAUUACAGAAGUGAUAAUGUUGAAAAAGACGCUGGAAAUGGGACUUCUGUGAAGGCUGUCGAUAACAGAAGUAGCGAUGAUGCUGCUGAAAGUUCACAAGAUGGCAAAGGUGAAGUUGAGACAGAUAAUGAAACUAACUGUGAUGGAUUUGCCAAGGAUGGCGAUGCUGGAAACAUUGUGCAGAAUGCAAAUGGAGAUGAUGGUGUAGAAAUCUCCAAAGAUGGCAAAGCUGGAAGCAUUGUGCAGAAUGCAAAUGGAGAUGAUGGUGUAGAAAUCUUCAAAGAUGGGAAAACUGGAAACAUUGUGCACAAUGCAAAUGGAGAUGAUGGUGUAGAAAUCUUGCAAGAUGGCAAAGCUGAAGCUGACAGAAAGAAUGAAAAUAACAGUGAUGGUUUUACCAAGGAUGGUGAGGCUGCAAACAUUGUGCAGAAUGCAAACGGAGAUGAUGGUGUAGAAAUCUUCAAAGAUGGUAAAGCUGAAACUGUAAAGAACUGCAGCGGUAACACCAUAGGAGGUUCUGAAGGUGUGAAAGCUGGAGAAGACGCGGGCACUAAAGAUGGCAGAACUGAAGAAUGCAUAAGUGGAAAUGGUGCAGAAAAAGUUGGUGACUGUGGGCCUGAAGAGUCUAACACUAACCAAAAGGCUGGGCAUGUAAACUGUUCAGAAGAUGGCAAAUCCCAGGAAGCGGGUGACAAUGCGAAGGGUCAAAAUACCCCAUCAUGUGGUGCUGAAUGUGGCAACGCAAAGGAGACCACGGAAAAUGCAAGUACUGAACAAAGCCGAAUAGGCGAGGAUGAUGAUGGUAAAGCUGAAGAUGCUGAGCAGAAUAUGAAGGUCCAAGUUGAUGCAGAUUCAAGCAACCAUGGUACUGCUGAGGACAAUGCGAUAGCUAAUGGCGACGGCCAAGCCUAGGAUCCAAAGGCGGUGAGAGGGUUGUAGCCGAAGGUUGUAGAUGUAGGCUGUAGUAGUAGAGAGGUCCAGCUUAUGCUGUGUUCUUGUUUCGGCAGUAGUCACCACGUACUCCAGUAGGAUGUAGAGUCAGAGGUUUGGCUUCAAACUGCAUCAGUUUAGGAGAUUGUAGCGUAAAUUAUGCAGCAUGUAUAGAGCUUGGACAUGUAAUCCGGUAGGGUUGUUGUACGAAGAAGGGUCUGUAUCAGCCAUGUUUAACUUGAUGAGUAGCAGUUCUGUAUGUCCA